CAACAGCAGCAACCUUUAACUUACCCAUGUUAAUAUGUCUCUGGAUAAGAGGCUAACCGAAGUAUUUACGUUCUUCCAAGAUAAAGAUAAGAAUGUUGUAUCUGUCAAAGAUAUACCAACGAUAAUUAGAACUCUAGCCAGCUGGGGACAGCAUGACUCUUGUUUAGCCAGCUGGUGUAAACUGACUCUUGUUAGCCAGCUGGUGUACAACAUGACUCUUGUUAGCCAGCUGGUGUACAACAUGACUCUUGUUAGCCAGUUGGUGUACAACAUGACUCUUGUUAGCCAGCUGGUGUACAACAUGACUCUUUUCCGGCCAGCUGGGAGCCUGAGCAGAGAGGACCUGCUUCGUCUCUUGACCUGUGAAGGGGAGGCCCUGACGCAGGACGAGGCUGAGGAACUAAUACUCUCCCUUCCCAUGAAGGACUCUGACCUCGUUGACCUCGACCAGUACGCUGCCCAGCUGGUUCCUCCAGCUCCCUUCCUCUGAUCCUCCCAGCUGGUUCCUCCAGCUCCCUUCCUCCCAGAUGGCUCCAGCGACCUGCUAAACAAAUGUACCCAAAACCUGUAUUUACAUUAUUAUUAUUAUAAUAAAAAAAGAAGCGCUAAACCUACAAGGGUCAUACAGCGCCAACCUGUAUUUACAACUUAAU